AUGAAAUUGCAUCCGUUAAGUCGUAACUUAAGAAGAAAUUGUUUUUUAAUCAAAUUAAUGCAAAUGAAUAUAUUAAUAGAUUGUGGAUUAUAUACUUCUUACUUUUUAGAAUUUCCACCUCGUGAUAUUAUUGGGUCAAAAGCACAACAACAUGCAUCAGUUUCUGUUGAAGUUUCUUCCAAUAUAUCAGAUCAUUCGGAUCAUACAUCAUCUUCUAAUGAUGCUAUAUUAGAAAAUAAAGAAAAUGAUAAGAAACGUCUGGAAACUCCUGAAUUUAGUAGCAUCGAUUGGAAUAUUAUUGAUUUCAUAUUUAUUACCAAUUAUAAUCAUAUGUUAGCUUUACCUUAUAUUACUGAAUAUACUAAUUUCAAAGGAAAGAUUUACGCUACAGAGCCUACAGUUUUAUUUGGACGGUAA